GACGUCCAGUUGUCCCACUGAGCUCAGUAGAACCACAAGCAGUUGGUUGAUCGGUUCCCCUCAAACGACUCGCUAUCUACCAUGGAAAAUAGAGACGCACCACCAGCCUACAAUGAGCUGUCGUCGCCUAGCACUCAAGUAGCUACAGGAGGAUUAACCGCACAGUUGACCAGUCAACAACUGCACUCUCAGGCGUCCAGCAAUCAAUUGCGUGAGCAGGUGAACAGCCAAAUACCUGUUGGACCUGCUCAGGUGAACAGCACUUAUAUCGCAGCGCAGACCUAUCAGCCAUUUCCGCAAGGACCGACACAACCGCCACUUUAUCCACCAUUCACGCAGCAGCCAACCACAUCCUGUGUGGUCAUUCACACAACGACCAAGAAUCAAGUCCCCGUUGGCCGGGAUCCGACAUUUGUGCGUUGUCCCUCGUGUCAAAGCGACGUGGUGACCACAAUUCAAACGAAGCCCACGACUCGAACACACGCAUUCGCCUUGGGAUUGUGCUUCAUUGGCUGCUGGCUCUGUUGUUGUAUUCCCUACUGCAUGGACUCCUGCAAAUCCGCCAAUCAUUAUUGUCCUGUUUGCAACGCAUUUGUAGGCAGUCGCAGGGAUUAACUAUUUAUCCCUAAUAUUUCUUACACUUCAAUUAAAAAUAAUAAUAAUACAAGUAAGAAAGCUACAGUCGAGUGUACUCGACUGUGAGAUACCAGCUACCCAAUUUGAUUAAAGCCAAUAUAUUUUGCGGUAUUAUUCUCAAAAUAUACCAAAUAUACUGCAAAUACACUAAAAAUAUACCAAAUGGUAUAUGUGGUAUAUCGAUAUAGUACCGCAUUCAAAAUAUACCAUGGACGGCUCAAUAUACCAGAUUGUCAGCCAAAGCAACUCAGACCCCUAGUAAGA